UUUUUUUAGCCACAGACUGAAACUUUAACGCGUGCGUUGCUGUUGUCGCAGGUCCUGGCAGAGCAGAGGCGAUUGCUUCGCUACUCCGCACAAACUUUGCUACUUUGAAUCUUGAAAGCAGAAAGAAAAAAAAAAAGACUAAAGAGCCCGUCCCUGGCGCGCGUCUCCUGUGGGUUUAAGAAUACAGCAGCUGGCUCGUUUUAAAAGAAGUAUUUAUUGAUGCUCACAAAUGUUAGCGGUGGGGCAGAUGGAUACUAAUCGCCAGAGUGCAUUCGUGCUGAGCAGUACGCCGCUGGCUGCUCUGCAUAACAUGGCUGAAAUGAAGACGUCUCUGUUCCCCUACACCCUGCAGAAUCCCUCCAGCUUCAAGACACCGACCCUCGGCGGCCUGAACACACAGAUCCCCUUGGGGACGCCGCACGGAAUAAGCGAUAUCCUGGGGAGACCUGUUGGAGCUGCCAGUAACCUCCUUAGCGGGCUGCCCCGGAUUAAUGGACUGGCUACCUCAGCAGGGAUGUAUUUUAACCCAGCAGCUGUGUCCAGGUACCCAAAGCCCUUGGCGGAGCUGCCUGGGCGACCUCCCAUAUUCUGGCCGGGCGUUAUGCAGGGCUCUCCCUGGAGAGAUCCCCGACUCGCCUGUCCUGCCCAGACGGGAAUGGUUCUGGACAAAGACGGAAAGAAGAAACAUUCACGACCAACUUUCUCAGGGCAGCAGAUUUUUGCUUUGGAGAAAACCUUUGAACAAACGAAAUACUUGGCAGGCCCAGAGAGAGCUCGUCUCGCCUACUCGUUAGGAAUGACAGAAAGUCAAGUCAAGGUGUGGUUCCAGAACAGGAGGACGAAGUGGAGGAAGAGGCACGCAGCAGAAAUGGCCUCGGCUAAGAAGAAACACGAUUCAGAGACUGAGAAGCUGAAGGAGAGCUCGGACAAUGAGGACGAUGACGAAUAUAACAAACCUCUGGACCCCAACUCAGACGAUGAGAAAAUCACGAGGUUAUUGAAAAAGCACAAAUCCACAAACUUAGCCCUCAUCAGCCCCUGCAGCACCAACUCGGACACGUUGUGAUACAGGGCGAGAGCCGCUGGCCCGCGAGACUGACUGCUCCCCAAGGCGCUUUAGAGAAGCUGAAAUAACCAGGGUAUAAAACAUUAUAAAGAAGAAUUGUAACUGGAUGUUUAAAGUGAUGUGUUGUACAGCCUAAGAUGUAUGUGAAAUGUAUAUAUUUUUUACAGAAUAAGUUAUGAAAUUAUCUUCCUUCUCAUUGAUGUAAAUUACAGAGGAAUCUUUCCAACUUUCCCUUUUGUUUUGCUUAAUAGUCUCCCCCUUUCUUUUCUCCUUUCUGCCGAUGUCCUGCUCCUAACAAUCAGAUUUUGUUACCGUUUUGUAUGGAUCGCCGACUCCAGCUCAGCCACUUUGUAUAUAGUAAAGUUCAGAUUUUGUGAUGUAUAUUUCUAGUGUAAAAAUGGCUGUUUUUAUUUCACCCCUCCUCUUUUAUUCAGUGUUCUGGCGGUUUUAUUUCUUCUAUGGAUCUGAUGCUCAAUUACAUU